AUGUCCUGGCUAUCGCAUUCGUUCAGCUCCAUAUCAUCCUUGGACAACUUGCUGCACCCCAGCUCGCUCGCAAUCAACGGCUCUCGUGUCUGUGGAGCACACCAGGUGCCACUGCAAUUCCCCGAACAUGGGGUCGGCAAGAGAAAAAUCAAACAAUUCAUCGGUGGCGAGCAUUGCGGCGAACGAGCCAGCACAGGGCAAGACGCACAGAUGCGCCCAGCGAAGACUUGGUCAUGUCGCCAAUCCUGUUCCAGCAGGAGCGCUGGGUGCACGGCACAACAGAUCAACAUCCUGGCGCGCUCGCCAUGCCGCACAAUCCUGGCCACCAUUUGCGUCGUUGGCAUCAGCGGCAUGCUCUCAUCUGGCUGUGCUACAUCCUCGUCUGCACGAGCGGCGUGCUCUGAUCAUCCAGCUGGUCUCCAAGUGAGCUUUGCCUGAAGGGUCCUGACUUCUUCUGGUAAAAGGGCAGGUGGCGCUGGUCUCUCGAAACCAGUGCUCAUUUACGAUCGGUUUCCAAGGCGAUGGAUACGAACGAUCUCCGCCUCGGACUGCUUCCCUGCGAACAAGAAGCUCCAAAUCGGGGUCGCGCUGAACUCACGGCUUCUCUUCACCGAACUCGCGCCUGGCGCGCCCGACAUGCCCUUGCCCCACUCGCUUUCCAUGAGACGCAGCCCCUGGGCCAGCGGCUCCCACGCCGCGGCCUCCCGCGACAGCAGCGACCGCAGGAGCUCGCCCUCCCCAGCCCUCCAGGACGACCUGCGAGGGAGUAGACGCCGCUCGGGACGGCGCCCUGGGUGGCGUUCUCUCCGGCGGACGCAGCAGGGGGGCGGGCAGCCCAUGGGGGCCCAGACCUCCGAAACGCAUCGAGACAAGCUGGGCGGCGGCCCCUCCAAUUGGGGAACAACUCUGGGGCGAAAAGCCGGUCCCCGGGAAGUGGCCCAGGGCUGGGGGGGCACCGUGCACU